CGGUGGGGAUGGGUGGCAUGCGGAGCUUCCGAGUGCGGCCCCAGACAAGAGACCUCUUUCUCUGAGCCUCAGUUUCCUCUGUGGAAUGGGGGUCAGAAUCCAACUCCAGCACCUCCCUCAUGGGUUGGAGUCGAGCUCGUGCAUGUAGGAGCCCCGAGCUCAGCACCUGGCACUCAGUGCUCACUUCGUUACUAUAGUUGUUAGUACUGGUGGUGAUGUUUGCACUUGGAGUGGAUGAUGUGGAUGUGGGAGUGUGAAAGUGUUGGUUUUGGAGGCUGAUGGACUUAGGUUCAAGCAGAUCCAGCUCCACUGUGCGGCAAUGAGCUGUGCCUUCACCUCCCUGAACUUCCAUCCCCUCAUCUGUAGAAUGAAAACUAAUAGUCACAAAUAUUGUGGGGUCAUUGUGAGGAUUCUAAUGAAGUGUGUGUAUAAAGCUCUUAAGCUCACGGCCUGCCAUGGUAGGAGCUUAGUGAUAAUAAUGAUGAUGAUGAUUCUGAAAAUCAGUGGUGUAGCUGGGACAUGGAAGGAAGUAGAGGAAGAGAGGAAGCCCAGAGACUGCGGUAGGAAAAACUUGAAAUGUGGAGUUGGGCAAUUAAGAUCCUGCUGCUACUGUUUGGCCAGUUUUGCUGUAUCUUGUAGUAUUGGGUUUUUCUUUAAAACAACUGAUGCAUUUUCCUCCAGUCAAUUAAUUUGAGAAGGAAAAUUUGUGUUGCUAUCCUAGAUGGAAAACUAGCAUUGCUUGGCCAUGAGAAGCAAGACUUAAUCUAAAAUACAAUGGAAUCAGAUCAAUUGAUGAAAUUAUAGCUAGAAACUAAAAGGCUUUGAAAAAGGAAUAACAUGCUCUAAGUGAUUUCACAUUGUUGGAUCCCUCUGACCAUGGCAGAUUAUCUUAUACUCAGUUCCUGGCUCACACUUUGCACACAACUGGCAUUAGAGUAAUAACUGUCUCACUGAGUCUGCUUCCUUUUUUCCUAGCUCCCUAAAGAUUUAUUUAUUUUAUUUAAUGCAUACUUAGCUCUGACCACCUACUGAGCAUUGUCCUAAGGGCUUUGCAUUUAUUAACUCAUUUAAUCGCUCUGGCAACUUGAAGAAUUGGUACUCCCGUCAUUCCUAUUUUACGGUUGAGGGAAGUGAGGUCCAGAAAGGUUAAGCCACUUGCCCAGAGUCACAUUAGGAAGUGGCAAAAUCAGGAUUUAGACCCAAGCUUUCUGAGGGCUUAGCACAGGGUGUCUGGUCCGUGGUAAUGGCUUGCUUUAGAGGAGCUGUCAUUUUUCUGUUGUUAUUGUGAUAAUUUUCGUUAUUCAGAAAGUUGGUGCUGGAGAUGGAUUUUUAAGAUGCUGAAGAGAGGAAAUUACAUCCAGCAGGGAAUUCUGUAGCAAUAGGCAGAGAACACCUACAGGACUCUGCAUCCACCAGGCCCUGUUCCAAGUGCUUUACACAUAGAAACCCACCUGACCCCCAGAGCCAACCUCUAAGGCUCCAGGGAGCAGCACCAGUGCCAGGGCGACAAUGGUCUCAGUGACUAUGGCCACUUCUGAAUGGAUCCAGUUCUUUAAGGAAGCCGGCAUUCCUCCGGGACCUGCUGUCAACUAUGCUGUGAUGUUUGUGGAUAACAGGAUUCAGAAGAGCAUGCUGCUGGACCUCAACAAGGAAAUCAUGAACGAGCUGGGCGUGACCGUGGUGGGUGACAUCAUCGCCAUCCUCAAGCAUGCCAAGGUGGUGCACCGCCAGGACGUGUGCAAAGCUGCCACUGAGUCGGUGCCCUGCAGCCCCAGUCCCCUCCCACUCGAUAUUCGCCGAGGCACCUCCAGCGCAGCCGCCUCCCGGAUGAUUGCCAACAGCCUGAACCGCGACUCCCCACCCGGCACACCUCCUAGGCGGCCAGACACCAGCACCUCCAAGAUUUCAGUCACCGUGUCCAACAAGAUGGCAGCAAAGAGUGCCAAGGCCGCUGCAGCCCUGGCCCGCCGCGAGGAGGAGAGCCUGACUGUUCCCACCAAGCGGCGCCGGGUCACUGCCGAGAUGGAGGGAAAGUACAUCAUCAACAUGCCCAAAGGCACCACCCCCCGAACCCGCAAGAUCCUGGAGCAGCAGCAGGCAGCAAAAGGUCCCCACCGGACGUCCGUGUUUGACCGCCUCGGCGCCGAGACCAAGGCAGACACGACGACGGGGAGUAAACCCACGGGAGUCUUCAGCCGCCUAGGGGCCACCCCGGAGAUCGACGAGGACCUGGCCUGGGACAGCGACAACGACAGCAGCAGCAGCUCUGUCCUUCAGUAUGCUGGGGUCCUGAAGAAGCUGGGCCGGGGCCCGGCCAAGGCCAGUCCACAGCCAGCACUGACCAUCAAAGCCAAGGCCACGAGCUCAGCGACCACAGCUGCCACCCCGACGCUGCGGCGCCUGGCGCUUCCCCCACGCCCUGGGCUCGAGCGGAAGCCAGAGUCCUUGUCCAAAGUCAGCAUCAUCCAGAGACUGGGCAAGACCGCCCUUGUGCCUGAGGCCCAGGACAGCCAGGUCACCAGCACCAAGAGUAAGUCCUCGGCCGAGGUCAAGGUCACCAUUAAGAGGACCCUGGUGGGGCCCCGGGGGAGCAGCACCAGCGAGGGUCUCGGGGCCCGGAUGGACCACGCGGGCACUGUGAGCGUGUUCAAAAGACUGGGCCGCAGGACCUUCUAGCUCCUGGGAGGGGUGGGCACGGGCAGCAGAACCCUCCAGGCUUUGCCCCGGCCCCUCUCCAGGCUCCUGGCUCUGUCAGAGUCUUCCUCGAGGGCUCACUCACCUGUCCCUGCCAGCUCCCAGGUGACACUGCUGGUCUCCCUCAGGCGCUCGAGCUGGGCCGAGCACCCGGAGAAUUCACACCCUUCCUCUCGGUCCGGGCUGGUCGCCGUGGCCUGGCCUUGCCUGCUCUGGGACGUCCCCUCUCUCCUGUCCUCCUCCGUUCUCCCCUCUCGCUGUGGCCCUGGCAGGACCCACUUUUCCACCUCUCCCAUAUGCCAGGUCCUUCUCUGUUCCCCUUCCUCCCCCUCAGCAGCAUCUGCUGCCUCAACCCCCAGCUCCUCCGUCUCCUGGUGCCCCCCAGCCCCACCCCGCCUUGAGAAGCUGCAGCCUCAAGGGGCUUCCUGUGUCCCCUGCCCUGUCGCGUCCCCCCCCCACUCUGCACCACCCUCUGCUACUUUAACUUCUCCUCCCCCCCUCUUCACUCUGUUCAUUUCUCUUCUGUUUUCUGUCCCUGUGGCAAGGCCUGACUGUCCGCUGCGUCCUGCCCGACCCGCCUGCACCUCCGGCCUCCCAGCGGCCCCCUCGUCGUCGGUGGCGUCGAGCCGGUAGAGACCAUUAGCUGCCCUCCACUCCCAGGCUGAGGGGACCUCCCCCAAGGCUGGGAUGCAGCCAGGGCACCUCAGUUUCCCUGCCCUGGGCACCUUUUUCUUGGAAAGCUGGGGUGGGUGGCAGGCAAAGGGGCCUCGGGGAAGGGAGGCCAAUGCUGAGAGAGAAGACAACAGCUGUUUUAAUAUAUUUUUGAGACUUUC